CGCAUCUCUAGACUUCAAUUUCAACUUUGAAACCAACUGGCAAUAAUAAAAGCCGAAAGGGACGAACUCUACAACGGCCAGCAGCUAAAAUUUCACCCACUGCAAAUUUUUAGUGCCAGUCAAAGGCACUCCUCCACCUUCAGGUAUUUAUUUGUCUUCAAUUCAAUUGCAGUUCAAAGUCUCACCUACAGAAAAAGGAUCGCCGAGGCGCGCUGCAGCCUUCUAACAGACACGAGUCCAUGGGCUCCAAUGCCAAUUUCUGUGACCGGCGCGUGGGCAUCAUCUACGACGACCGGAUGUGCAAGCACAAAACCCCUGAUGGCGAGGAUCAUCCCGAGAAACCUGACCGGAUUCGGGUAAUCUGGAAACGGCUCCAAUCUUCCGGCAUAGCUAAGAGAUGUGUAAUUCUUGAUGGAGAAAAUGCUGAAGAUAAACAUAUAGCCCUUGUUCACUCCAAAUUUCACACAGAAUUUAUUAGAAGUAUAAGCUCUGCAAAGUUAGCUUCAAGAAGAGAUUCGAUUGCUGCUCAAUUUAAUUCCAUAUAUUUCAACGAAGGGUCAUCAGAGUCUGCUUAUCUUGCGGCUGGUUCUGUAAUAAAGGCUGCUGAGAAAGUUGCCAAUGGAGAACUUCAGUCUACCUUUGCUAUUGUCAGGCCUCCUGGACAUCACGCUGAGGAGAAUGAACCCAUGGGGUUUUGCCUUUACAAUAAUGUUGCUAUUGCAGCAAGUUAUUUACUGAAUGAACGAAAAGAUUUGGGCAUUAACAAAAUUUUAAUUGUUGAUUGGGAUGUUCACCAUGGUAAUGGUACUCAAAAAAUGUUUUGGAAGGACCCUCGUGUACUUUUCUUUUCUGUUCAUAGGUAUGAAUUUGGGAGCUUCUAUCCAGGUGGUGAUGAUGGGUCUCAUGUGAUGACUGGGGAAGGCUUAGGAGCAGGAUAUAAUAUAAAUGUGCCUUGGGAGAAUGGUUGUUGUGGUGAUGCGGACUAUCUUGCGGUUUGGGAGCAUAUAUUGAUUCCUGUGGCAAAAAGUUUUUGUCCUGACCUUGUCAUUGUCUCUGCAGGAUUUGAUGCUGCUGUUGGUGAUCCUCUUGGUGGAUGUCGAGUAAGUCCACAUGGAUACUCAGUAUUGUUGAGCAAGUUAAUGGAGUUUGCUGGAGGAAAAAUUGUUAUGGCCCUUGAAGGAGGAUAUAACCUUGAUUCUAUAGCAAAAUCUGUUCAAGCAUGUGUUGAAGUAUUGCUGCAGCAAGGGCCUAUUCCAGGGUCAUUAGAUGCAUAUCCAUUUGAAUCCACAUGGCGAGUAAUUCAAAAUGUUCGUGAAGAGUUGAGUGUUUUUUGGCCUACACUAACUGUGAAGUUGGACAAGAAUGUAACCAAUAAAAGAGCACAUCAACCUCAGACCUUUAUCUCAGAUUCUGAAGAUGAACACAGUGGUCCGGAUCUGGUAUCAGAAGAUCAUGACAAGGCCAUAGAGAACGUGUUAGUGCCACUUUCAAGCCUGACAAUUAAUCCAGAAGCUUCUGACCAAGCAAUCACCGUUUCUUCCGCUUGGCGAUCAGAACUUCAGCAAACAGAAAUCUGGUAUGCCGCUUUUGGAUCAAAUAUGUAUUUUCCAAGACUUCGCUGCUAUAUUGAAGGUGGACAGCUCGACGGAAUGAAACGACGGUGUGCUGGCUCUAUGGAUAAAAGCAUGCCAAAGGAAACCAUAUGGAAGACAGUCUGCCAUCAACUGUUCUUUGGUUGUGAUCAUACGGUGACAUGGGGCCAGGGGGGUGUUGCUUUUCUUCAUCCUGAAAACAGUCAGAACAAAUCUUGUGUGUGCCUCUAUAGAAUUACGCUUGAGCAGUUCAAUGAUAUUCUCCUUCAGGAAAAUGUUCCAAGCUAUGAAAUGACAGCUCCUUUAUUUGAUUUGACUGCAUUAUGCUCAAUUGAAGAUGAAAAAACCAUCUUGGUGGGGGCUUUGAAGAGUGGCUGGUACCACAAUGUUCUUUACUUGGGGAAGGAGAAGGGAAUCCCGAUUCUAACAAUGACUUGUAGCUUGCCAGUUAUUGAUAGCUUCAGAUCAGGUAAGUUUCCUCUCUGUGCACCUUCUCAAGGCUAUGCUGAUGUCCUGAUCAAAGGAUUGGUGGAGGGGAAGCAAUUCUCAGAAGAGCAGGCCUCUGCAUACAUCCAAGAUGCUUCUACCAAACCACUGUGACUCCUUUCUCACUUUGGUCAUUUUGUUGUAAAAGUCCGAGUCACUUUGGUCACUUUGGCGUCAGUUAAUGAACUAUUGAAACACUUUUUCUAGUCUGCUGUGUUUUAGGAACUUUUCUCAUGUUCCUUAGUAGGUGUAGACACCACCGUGUCCCGUGUAGGGAGAGACCGGAGGAGGCCUCGCCCCCCAAGAAAAAAUCCUAAUGUAUAUAUAGUGUAUAAAUACUUUUAAUUUAUAAAAAAUAUUUUGAUAUUCUAAACUUUCGCCCUUGCAAUAUAAAAUUUUCAAG